AUGGGGAAUUGCUUGUUUGGAGGAGGUAUAGGUAUAGGCGUAGGAGAGGCGAAUGAAGUGCUCAUCAAAGUGGUAAACGGGAAUGGUGGCAUCAUGGAGUUUGGUGCUCCUAUCACGGUGGAAUUCAUCACCGAUGAGUUCCCGGGACACGGCAUUUUCCGAAGCCAUGAUCUCUUCUGGAAGCCGUUGGCUCACCACGAAGUCUUGGAAGCAGGUGAGUACUACCUGCUACCGCUGGACGACGAGGACGACAAGAAGAAGAUGAUGAAGAAAGGUAGCAUGAACAAGAGUAGAAUUGGGCAGGUUGCUCAGAUAGGGCAUGUAAGGUCGAACAGCGUUCCCCAAUCCACGCCUGCAGUGCCAUAUAGGAUGUCGUUUGAUAGCCAAGGAAUUCUGAAGAGGUCACAUACCGAGGUAUUUUCGCGAAGCAGCAGUAAUGAUCAGCUUGGUGGUUUUUGGAAAGUUAAGCUGGUGAUCAGCCCUCAACAGUUGUUGGAGAUUUUGGCACAAGAGGCUCGAACCCAAGAGUUGAUCGAGAGUGUCAGAACUGUGGCUAAAUGCAGGAAUGGGUUCUGCUCCUCUUCCAUGGGUUUUUCGGAUCAGUGGAGCCUUUCCAGCAGCGGCAGCAGCAGAAACGCCUCCUCCUCAAAGAAAGAUGCCUUACUGUUAGACUUGUGA